GGCGUGAGGAUACACUGGGCGGGGAGGCGGGGGGAGGUAGGUAAGCGGUCGUCGCCAUGGCAACGAGGCCGGCGGUCGGGCCCUGGAGACCCACGAGCCAAGGAAGGAGCCCGCGAGGGAGGAGGCACCGUGAGCUCGGCGCGGGGGCCCGAGGCCCCGAGAGGAGCUAGAGAACAUGGGGCAGUUGUCACUGUUGGUUCCGGGUGGCGCAGGGACCCCCUGUGUUUGCCAGUGUGUGUAUGCGAAGUUCUCCGGCCGGACUCCCAGCUCUUCUCGUCGGCCGCCCUGGGAAUCACCGGCCGCCACCGCCCAGCCUGCACCCGGCGGACCCCCAGUGCUUGGGCACCUGUUGGAGGCACAGAGACAGAUCAGGGUGCUGCAUGAGGGGCCGCAGGGGUGACCGCAUGACCAUCAACAUCCAGGAGCACAUGGCCAUCAACGUGUGCCCUGGGCCCAUCAGGCCCAUCCGCCAGAUCUCGGACUACUUCCCCCGCCGGGGACCAGGACCUGAAGGGAGUGGUGGGAGCUUCGGGGAGGCCCCUGCUCGUCUGGCCCCGCUGGCCCUGGCCCCUCCGGCAGCUCUCCUUGGGGUCACCACACCUGAGGAUGGAGCUGAGAUGGACAGCUAUGACUCAGAUGAUACCACUGCUCUGGGCACACUGGAGUUUGACCUUCUCUACGACCAGGCCUCCUGCACUCUGCACUGUAGUAUCCUCAAGGCUAAGGGCCUCAAGCCCAUGGGCUUCAAUGGCCUGGCUGACCCCUACGUCAAGCUGCACCUGCUGCCGGGAGCCUGCAAGGCCAAUAAGCUAAAAACCAAGACUCAGAGGAACACAUUGAAUCCCGUGUGGAAUGAGGACCUGACGUACAGUGGAAUCACGGAUGAUGACAUCACCCACAAGGUGCUCAGGAUCUCUGUCUGUGAUGAGGACAAGCUGAGCCACAAUGAGUUCAUCGGGGAGAUCCGAGUACCCCUCCGCCGCCUCAAGCCUUCACAGAAGAAGCACUUUAACAUCUGCCUUGAGCGCCAAGUCCCGCUGGCUUCACCCUCUUCCAUGUCUGCGGCACUGAGGGGCAUCUCCUGUUACCUGAAGGAGCUGGAACAGGCAGAACAGGGGCCUGGGCUGCUGGAAGAGCGUGGACGCAUCCUGCUGGGCCUCAGCUACAGCUCUCAGCGCCAGGGACUACUGGUGGGCAUUGUGCGCUGUGCCCACUUGGCUGCCAUGGAUGUCAAUGGCUACUCUGACCCCUACGUCAAGACGUACCUGAGGCCCGACGUGGACAAGAAAUCCAAGCAUAAAACAUGUGUGAAGAAGAAGACUCUCAACCCAGAAUUUAAUGAGGUAAACAGGGAAGGGACUAACCAGAAAUCGAGGGGGCCUGAGGGCAGUGCCUCAGGAAGGUGUGGCUUUGCAUUGUCCCAGGAGUUUUUCUAUGAGAUGGAGCUCUCCACUCUGGCCACCAAGACUCUAGAAGUCACAGUCUGGGACUAUGACAUUGGCAAAUCCAAUGACUUCAUAGGUGGUGUGUCCCUGGGGCCAGGUGCCCGAGGAGAGGCCCAGAGGCACUGGAGCGACUGUCUGCAACAGCCAGACAUAGUCCUGGAGCGCUGGCACACCUUGACCAGCGAGUUGCCCCCAGCGGCUGGGGCUCUGCCCUCAGCCUGAGUGGGACAACAGCUGCCCAGCAGAAGCCCCUUGGGCCAAGUCCAGUACCCAACCUCCGCACGAGUGUUUUGCACAUUUACACGGGGUGGAUGCCCUGCCCCCCACUACCUGUCUUAUUUCCUGAGAGUCUCCGUGACUGUGGAGAUCUGUAUUCACAUAUGCAAACUUCCUUCUGCCUGAUUUGCCACACAUGCAAAUAUGCAAACCACCCAUCCUGUGCACACUGCAGGGGGAGUCCUGUUAAUGCCCCUUGCUGAGGCCCUGCUGCUCCUCUCUCCUCUGUCCUACCUCUCCAGGCUGCCCGGUCCCCCUCUACCCACAGGGAGGAGGUCGGAUUAGGGGGGGUUUGGAGGAGGAGAAUGUUCCCAACAAAGAAAAGGACGAAAAGGCAAAAAAGAGCCACUACUUUAAUACAGAAUCAUUAAAAAAUGAAAACAC